AUGUAUUGGGGCAUUAGACCAGGCAUGUUGAAGAUCUGGUAUCGCACAAUAACAGGGAGGGUGAUUUUGUACGGGUCUUCAGCAUGGGGUAUUCAUCUCAAUGGACACCUGAGGAGGAAACUCAGUUCUAUUCAGCGUCUCGAGCUCCUAAUGAUUACUAAAGCUUAUAGGACCACCUCGACAGAUUCAUUGCAGGUGCUCGCUGGGUUACCACCAUUGGAUCUUGUUGUGGAGAGGGAGGCUGGACAAGCACGGAUCCUUCGCAUAAAGGAAGAUUUUAUCUUGUGGGGUACCCAUUACCGCGCUCGUGAUUACGAGGAUCAUUCCCCUCGUUCUCUGGGACAUCCGGCGGACAUAAAUUAUGAUGACAAGGUCACCAUAGAACCCUUAAUUCCGGCUAGGCACGAAAUGUGUGUUUAUACGGAUGGUUCAAAAACGAAGCUUGGCACAGGUAGCGGCUUCUGCGUCAUGCGAGACAAUACUAUCUGCUACACUUGGUCACAGAGGCUGUCAGAUUACAAUAGUGUAUUUCAGGCGGAACUUGUAGCAAUUAAGGCAGCAUUAGAUUAUAUUAAGCAAAAUCUAACAGGACCAGUCAGAAUACUGAGUGAUUCAGCAUCGAGCCUACUGGCCAUUAAAGAACUCAACGCAAAGCGGUUCUGUCCACAUUAUUAG